AUGGCGAUGUCGAUGAAGCUCAUUCUCUCCAUUCUUUUCAUCUACUCAUUGGUUGAGCACAAUGUUUGUGCCCAAAAACCUGUGUUGUACAAUAUUAGAAGGUACGGCGCAAAACGAAAUCAAGACAUCGCCAAGGUUCUAUCGAACAUAUGGAAGGAGGUCGUUGGGUCGACAAGGCCAAGCAAAAUAUUGAUCCCAAAAGGUACGUGGUACCUUAGCCAAAUAAAUAUUGGAGGCCCUAACAAGGCGCCGGUAGAGCUUAAUGUACGUGGAACCGUGAACGCGCCUGUUGAUUUCACGGUGAUGCCGGACAAGAAAGCGCAAUGGAUUACUAUACAGCACGUGAAUAGUUUCACCAUAACCGGUGGUGGUGUUUUUGACGGGCAUGGCCAAGAGGCGUGGAAGAAAAAUGAUUGCGUUAAAAAUCGCAACUGCGUUCAACUUCCUAUAAACUUGAGCUUCUCGGCAGUGAAUAACUCUCUGAUUGAAUAUGUGACCUCGAAAGAUAGUAAGAAUUUCCACGUGAAAUGUAUCGGAUGCCAAAAUGUUGCAUUUCGCCAUUUCACAAUUUCGGCGCCUGGAGACAGCCCUAACACAGACGGCAUUCAUGUGGCGCGCUCCUCAAACGUCAACAUUACAGAUUCGGUAAUAAAAACAGGGGAUGACUGUGUCUCAAUCGGAGAUGACACUCGCGAGCUCCAUAUCCAAAAUGUGGCGUGUGGGCCGGGCCACGGCAUCAGCAUAGGCAGCCUCGGAAGGAAUAUAAAUGAAAAGGAUGUGUCGGGGAUAUACAUAAAAAACUGCAACUUCACCAACACUGAAAAUGGAGUAAGAAUAAAGACAUGGCCGUCUGCACCGGCCGUGCUGACGAUAUCAAACUUGCAGUUUCAAGACCUGAUCAUGGAAAAUGUUGGCACCCCAAUCGACAUCAAUCAAGAAUAUUGCCCGUAUAAUUUGUGCAAGAAAACAAGUCCAUCUCAAAUCAAGAUCAGCAAUGUUGUCUUAAAAAAUAUCAGAGGCACAUCAGCGACGCCGGAGGCAGUAAUUCUCGACUGCAGCAAAAGUAAACCGUGUGAGAAUGUGGUAAUCGGCGACAUCCAUCUACGAUACAAAAGGGGUGGAAAUUCUCGAGUAAAAAGUGCGCGAAGUGUAUGCGCCAACGUGAAACCAAUACUCAAAGGCAAACAAGAUCCACCAAUAUGUGCACAUAAACCAUUCUGA